CCUCAGUCGGGGAAACCUCUUCGCCUGCGAGAUGGGCGCCGGCCGGGCCGCGCCGGGCAUCCUGGCCCUGGCCACGGCUCUCUUGGCGUUUUGGCGCCGCGCCGAGGCGGGGUGCGCAGAAGAGGGGCGCUGCUGCCCGGGCCGGGACCCAAGCUGUGCCAGCAGUGGCUGGCGCGUCGACCGAGCCUACGGGACGUGCUUCUGCGACGAGGCGUGCAAGCUGACGGGCGACUGCUGCUAUGACUACGCCCAGGCGUGCCCAGCUCUUCCAUGCAUCGUUGGGGAGUGGAGUCACUGGAGUGGCUGUGCAGCACAGUGUAAGCCUAACUUCCGAAUGCGUACACGGAUCAUACAGCAGGAACCCAAAAAUGGUGGGGAGCCCUGUCCUCCAUUAGAAGAGAAAGCUGGAUGCCUGGAAUAUACUACCUACGAGGGGCAGGAUUGUGGAGAUGAGCACGUUCCUGCUUUUAUAACUACUUCUGAAUACAGCAAAGAGAGAAAAAAGAGAGCUGCAAAUCCAAGGUGGUCUUCCGAAACAGAGAAUUCUAGGAGCUAUUGUGUGGAAUUUAAAACAGAAACAUUGUCUCCUCAUUGUUCUAUGGAGAAUCGCCCAUAUGCUCGAUGGAUGCAGUACAUCAGAGAAGGAUUUACGGUGUGUGUAACCUGCCAGCCUCCAGCAAUGCACACUAGCAGCCAUCGCUGUUUUGGAGAUGGUGGUGAUGCAGAUGGAUGCUACGAAUUAGAAUUAUUGAACAAUGAAGUAGCUCUUUACAGGAUGUUCAGUAAGUUUAAACAGGGAGUUAAAAUGCCAUGUAUUUAUAUCCACUCCCCAUGGGAUGAUGUUUAUGCAUAUGUUCUCUUUUUAGGAAUAAAGUUCUUCACUGGCAAGCGGUUGGCAAUCCAUCCUGCCAUGGAACAUGGAAAAAAGUUCAUCAGCUGAAAGAAUGUUCAUGCCCUCUUGUACAUAGCUUUAUUUUUACGUAGCAAUUUGAACACAUAACCUUUAAUAUUUUACUGAACUGAGGAAACUCUUCUAUUGUUGGACUUCUGUAACCCUAUUAGACAUUGCUUUUUAACAAGUGACAAGUCAACAUUUUGAAAUCAUAGUCAGGCUGCACUGAAUAAAAAACUAAGCUAAUUAUUGUAAGUUAUGAUAGGCAUCUUGGGUCUGCAGAUGGUAUUUUAGUGAGAUUUUACUUGGCAUAAUCCAGUAUUGAUGAUCAUUGUGGAAGCCCCACUGAAAAUGAGGCAAUCCAGAAUCACUUGCCCCUAUCCAUUUUAAUAGCAGGGUAUUGAUUCCCAAUUUGUUUUAUCCAGUACAUAAGACAAUAAUCACCAUUCAGAAGGAAGUUCCUGAGAUAGAUACUGCAAUUCCAGGUAUAUUCAACAUCAGCCAAAUAUCACAGGUUCCUUAGAAGGUACACACACACACACACACACACACACACACACACACAAAAUGGUUGGAGACUGCCUGCUUCACAUGAAUGCCUGGAUAAGGAAGCUGUUUGAUGCGGCUUCACAGUACAGCUAAUCUUUACAGAUAAGUAGCUUCUCACAUGAGACAACUACUACUGUGUGGCCCCUCAUCAUGUGAAUGCUUCUGACCAUCUGGGGUAUUCUGUU